CGCCCCUGGUAGAACCCGGUAAAAUGACUGUGAUUAGAAAAACGCAUUCACAAAAAUCGCAAAAGGGUGAAGGUCGUUCGAGGUGUGUGUCAAUCAAAACAAGUCACAUUUGCAACAUAUAGACGUAAACGUCUUUUUUAGACCACGCGUCCUUAAUUCGGGACGACAGAAGUAAACAAGUUGACUUUCAGGAAUCAAGCUUUGAUUCAAGGUUUUUGCGGUAUACAAUUAGGCCAACGUUAAAACAUGGCUUCAGACGCUCAAAACUCGCCUAUUGAUACCUGUCCAAUUACACUGACACGAUUUCUUCUGGAAGAACAGAGAAAAUUACCAAAUGCAACUGGAGAUUUCACGGCGCUGAUCAAUGCUCUGCAGACGGCGGUUAAAGCAGUUUCUUCAGCAGUAAGGAAAGCAGGAAUCCACAAACUGUAUGGCAUUUCUGGCACAACCAACACGACAGGAGAUGAGCAGAAGAAACUGGAUGUGCUGGCCAAUGAUCUGUUUAUCAACAUGUUUAAGUCUUCCUUCCUCACCUGUAUCAUGGUUUCAGAAGAAAAUGAGAAGGCAAUCAUAGUUGAACCAGAUCAACAGGGCAAGUACAUGGUGGUGUUUGACCCUCUGGAUGGCUCUUCAAACAUUGACUGUCUAGUGUCCAUUGGAACAAUCUUUGGCGUAUAUCGACAUGAAGACGGUGUAGAGGUGUCAGAGAAAGAUGUGCUGCUGCCAGGCAACAAGUUGGUUGCCGCUGGUUACGCCCUCUAUGGCAGCGCCUGUAUGAUUGUUCUCUCAACUGGACAUGGCGUCAAUGGCUUUAUGCUAGACCCAGCCAUUGGUGAGUUCUUGCUGACUGCGAGGAACUUGAGAAUCCCUCAUCGAGGCAAGAUCUACUCCCUGAAUGAGGGAUAUGAAGCUCUCUGGGACGAACCAACUAAGGAGUAUAUCAAGAGCAAGAAAUACCCAACAAACGGCAAGGCAUAUGGUGCACGCUACAUUGGUUCUAUGGUUGCUGAUGUACAUCGUACUAUCAUGUAUGGAGGCAUAUUCAUGUACCCAGCCACUUCUGACAGCCCCAAGGGCAAGUUGCGUCUGCUGUACGAGGUGGCCCCGAUGGCGUUCCUGGUGGAGCAGGCGGGGGGCAUGGCAACCACUGGCACCCAGCGCUGCCUCGACAUCGUGCCUACCGACAUCCACCAACGCUGUCCUUGUUACCUGGGAUCUCGCGAUGAUGUGCAAGAUGUGAUUGACACAUACAAAAAAUAUCAAAAAUAAACUUGCUGUGUGUGAAUGAGGUUUUUAAAAAGAAUUGUUCACAGAUUAAAAAAUGUAAAUAAAAAAGUGCUUGCUCUGGGGUUUGAAUGCGGGAUCUCUAGACACAAAAUUGAACACAAUACCACUACGACUAUAGGCUUUUGAUUUUGAAUGAUACAUGUAGUUGAAAUGUUAUGUUUGGAAUACAUGAUUUUGCUCAAUUAUGAAUGAAAAGCCUUACAAAUGCUUUAUCAUUUUAUGGAUUUCAACUGAUGAUUAUUUAUCAAUUAGCACAUAUAUUUUACAUUUAAUUAGUAAGGAGUAUUGUUCCUGCUUGUUUGAAUAAAAUACAUACAGUUUUUGAGUAAUUCCCUGAAAUCUUGAUAAGUAUGUUUGUUUUUGAAAUUCAUGUAUAUAAAUGUCAAGUUUUUUAAAUAUCGGUUUAAGAUUUCUUCGUUUAUUGAUCGCCUGAGCUAAUAUUUUGUGUAAAGCCGUUUGGAAUCUUUUAUUGUGAGUCAAACUGUGUCCCUCAUGCUGUGUGUGUGGUUAACAAUUUGGUUCAAACUGUUUUGGUAUUUUUCAUAUGUAUGUAACCAGAUUAAAAAAAAGUGUACUUUUCUUAAUAUUCUCUUGUGUAUUAUUUGACUUUUUUUCAAAUCAUGCCCCUUGGCUAAAAUUGGUCACACCAAGGGGGCAAAUAGCUUUAAAUUAUAGCAAAAUGGCUUUAAAAUCUACAAAAAAAUAAUCUUGUGUGUGUUAACUAGGGCAGUGUUGGGCCUCUUGUUUGUCCCAUUCUUAUUGUAGUUAUAUUUUCUGUGUGUAAAGAAAUGUUCACAUGAAUUCAUGUAAUGUUGACAUUUGAACCAGUUUCUACUCAUGAUAAGGACAUAAAAAAUAUUGAAUGAAUGUCUUAGUAUGUGUGCCCAUUUCUAUAUCAAAAUUAUGGUCCAUUUUCAUUUUAUGUAUUGUCCUUAAAAAGUGACAUGUUAGUUACAUUAUUUGCUGUACAUGUAGUUACGGGAGCAGUUAUUUAGUGCUUAUUAUGCGGAAUAAAAAUAAGGGUUA